CUAAGAUUCACGCUCGCAAAAGCAGAUCGGAUCCUUCAAAAUCGGACUGGAAAUCUCGUUAGGGUUUUAUCAGGAGAAUGAGCUCCCAAUUCGUCUCUCGCUUGAAAGAAACCGCCCAAUCGCUUACCGCCAUCCGCCGUCCGUGGCGUGACUUCCUCGACGUCACGGCCGUUUCUCUCCCUUCCUCUCUCUCCGACGCCACCACUCGCAUCACCCAGAACCUCACCCACUUCCGCUUCAAUUACAUCCUUGUCCUCCUCCUGGUCCUCUUCUUCAGCCUAAUCUACCACCCCUUCUCCCUAAUCAUCUUCGUCGUCAUCCUCGUCGCUUGGGUCUUCCUCUACUUGGCUCGCGAGGAGCCACUCCUGCUCUGCGGCUUCAUCGUCGCUGACCGUGUGGUUGUAGCGGCACUUUUCGCGAUCACGGUGUUUGGGCUGGUGUUGACCGGCGUGUGGGUCAACGUUCUGGUUGCAUCUGUGGUUGGGGUUGGUUUGGUGGUUUUGCACGCGGCGUUGAGGAGCACCGAUGACCUGGUGAUGGAUGAUUUGGAGUCACCGUACGGGCACGUCCUCGGCGACGACCUUGAUAGCCCCAGAGGGGAUUACAGUGGUAUUUGAUUUUGAAAUUUUCCUUUUUAAUCUCUUUUUUUUUCUUAAUUUGUAUCAAAUUUAAUAUUGUACCACUGUAGAAUGCAAUGUUUGAUUUCGUUAACAAUGAAAUCAAUAUACUGUUUCUCAUGAUUUAUUAAACUUCCAAACUUUGGGAUUGUUAAUAUCAUUUUCUAUUACAAGCAAAGUGAAUAAAACGUGGACAAGAGU